AUGCGUUUGGAAAAAUGUUACUUUUGUUCUUCCACAAUAUAUCCUGGUCAUGGGACCAUGUUUGUUAGAAACGAUAGCAAGAUAUUUCGCUUCUGCAGAAGUAAAUGUCAUGCUGCCUUUAAACACAAACGUAAUCCUCGCAAAGUUCGCUGGACUAAAGCAUUUAGAAAGGCUGCUGGCAAAGAAAUGACCAUUGAUUCUACAUUUGAAUUUGAAAAACGUCGUAAUGUACCAGUUCGAUACGAUCGGGAUCUGAUGGACACAACUAUUAAAGCAAUGAAACGAAUUUCUGAAAUUAAAGCCAAGCGUGAACGCGUCUUUUACAAGGACAGAAUGUCUGGUAAUAAGGAACGUGAAAAGGCGGAGAAUAUACGCGAAAUUCAAAAGAAUAUUGAACUCGUUGGAUCUUCUACCAAGAUUAAAGCACAAGUUGCCAAAAUUACAGAGAAAUCACAACAGAAUGCUGAUAUGGAAAUUUCAUAA